CUUGUACCCCCCUUCUUUAAGUGACCUUGGGCUCCGCCUACAAGCAUCCGUGGUGAUUUGAUUGGUUUGUUGAUGUUUGUCUGUUCUGUGCUUUGUCAUUACUAUUCACUUUCUUGAGUUUCAAAACGUUGUCGUCUGAUCUACAAGCCGUCGCACUAGAAGUCUACUCAAAAACCGUUAACACAAACAAUGAAUCGCAAGACCUUGCUCAUCGGUGGAGCUGUUUUGGUAGUUCUAGUAAUCAUCAUUGCCGUACCGUGUGCUUUAUUACUGGGCAAAUCCGAAGACAAACCGAAAACAAACCGACAGCGAGCGAUCGAAGUGCUGGAAGACACUCCAUUGAUAGAUGGGCACAACGACUUGCCAUGGCAGAUAAGAAAGAAGUACUCGAACAGAUUUGCUAAUCUUACGUUAGACACUGGAAGCCCUGAUUUUCAUACCGAUAUUCCUAGACUGAAGAAAGGCAAAGUUGGAGCUCAGUUUUGGGCAGCAUACGUAAGCUGCAACAAUCAAUACAAAAACUCAGUUCGACUUUUUCUCGAACAAAUUGACGUCAUAAAACGACUGGCUGUCAAGUACCCAAACGAUUUCGUGUUCGCUACAACAGAGCAACAUAUUCGUAAAGCUUUCGAAGACAAAAAAAUUGCAUCUCUGGUUGGCAUCGAGGGAGGACACGCGAUGGACAGCAGUUUGGACACACUGCGCAUGCUCUAUGAAUUAGGUGGUCGCUAUAUGACGUUGACACACAACUGCCAUACACCAUGGGCCGACUCCUGUGUACCUAAGACGGCAGAACACAACGGACUGACAGAGUUUGGAAAGAUUGUUGUUAAAGAAAUGAACCGACUUGGGAUGUUCGUAGAUAUUUCUCAUGUUUCUGCUAAGACUAUGCGUGACGUACUGGAUGUCAGUAAAGCCCCAGUUAUAUUUAGUCAUUCGUCCGCCUUUGCUUUGUGCAACAACUCAAGAAACGUACCAGAUGACGUACUGAAGAGAAUGCCCAAGAAUGGUGGUGUAGUGAUGGUCAACUUCUAUAACGAUUUCGUAACAUGCAAAAAAACUGCUACUCUUAGUGACGUUGCAGAUCACAUUGAUCACAUUAAGAAAGUGGCGGGAAUCGAUAACGUGGGUUUAGGAGGCGACUACGAUGGUGUACCAAGGGUACCAACAGGAUUAGAGGAUGUGUCUAAAUACCCUGAUCUCAUAGAAGAAUUAAUUGAUCGUGGAUAUAGUGAUGACGAUGCGAAGAAAAUCGUUGGCGGGAACCUUCUUCGAGCCAUGAAAAAAAUGGAGGAGGUCGCUCAAUCUCUGUCAAAUGUCCAGCCGUAUGAUGAAUAUAUCAUUGUUAACAAAACGUGUCGCCCUUUCUUCUAUAAACAGUACUACUAGAAUAAUAAGAACAUAAAGGGACUGCUAAAUAACAUAAGGCUAGGCUAUACAUUACGUCACUUAUGGGUCGACACCACUAUGCAACUGUUGCGUACUACUUUGACGAAGACGAUUCGAGGGAUGUCAUGCACACCUAACACUUUUUUCCUGCCACAAAGCUAUGAAUCAAUGACAGUUACACAAACUACAUCUCAAGGUCCUGGCCAGAAUUGAGUACAUGGAACAGUCGCUUUUAUUUUAGAUUUUGGCUGAAAAUAUCCGUUCACCACCAUCAACGUUGAAAGUCGUGAAACACAAAUAAAUCUUUAUUUUAACGACAUAGCCGCAACCUUUGCAGAGGUGUCGGUACAUACGUGAAAUUUCAUGUCUACAUACGUCGUAAGAGUUUCGUCGUACGUCAGGAAUUUAGUUUAUACUAGUUCUCAAUAUUAAAAGCAAAUUGAUGAAUAAAAUGUUAAUAUACAAAAAUGUUA